GCCCAGGUCAUGUGACGCUAUCAGUUCCUACUGCCGUUGUUGCUGUAUCAUGUCGGACAGCGAGCUGUAGCAGAACAGGGAAGAAACUAUGGGGAGAACAAACAAGAGCAUUUUGCUACUAAUCAGUCAGACCUCUGUUAUAACUUUAUUAACCUUGAUUUGCAGCACGGCGGCAGCGGAUCAGGCUGAACCAUGGUACCAGGACUUGUGUGGGUUUACAUGGGAGGCAAUAGACACGGAUAAUAAUGUUAACUAUUAUAUACAACUUUGUGGACAACAAGCGAACCAUGGCUGUGGACAAUCAAGUGCUGUCUGUGCCUACAAUGUAACAACAAAAAAAUACCAGUCUGUGGGUGAGUCAUCGCUGCAGACAACCUCUGGAAAUCUCCUGGAUUUUAACUCCUCACAGCAAUGUAUAGACCCCAGCUCCAAGAAAACAAUGCAGAGCAGCAUCAGCUUUUUUUGUGGUAAAACAAUGGGAACACCUGAAUUCACAACUGUCUCUGAAUGUGUGCACUACUUUGAAUGGAGGACCUACGUAGCUUGCAAAAAAGAGAAAUUCAAACCACAUAAAGAGGUACCCUGUUAUGCAUUUGAUGAAAGUGGAAAAAAGCAUGACUUGAACCCACUGAUCAAGAUAUCAGGCGCCUACUUGGUGGAUGACUCGGACGAAGAUGUUGACUUAUUCAUCAAUAUAUGCAGAAGCAUUGGCAUAGACAGCUCUACACCUAGCUUCCCAGAAGGUAGCGCUGCUUUUCUGGCAACAAGCAAAGGAAACUUUAGUGUUGGCUGGCCCAAAGAAGCAUUGAUGCUGGUGGAUAAAGACAGACUGAAGCUUCAUUAUGAUGGUGGAACUGAGCACAAACCAGACUUCUGUGGGGAGCACACUCCUGCAGUUACUAUUACAUUUACGUGCCCAUCAGGAAGGCAGGAGGGUAAUGAUCCCCGACUAACGGCUAAAACAAACUGCCGGUAUGAAAUUGAGUGGGUGACAGAAUAUGCCUGCCACAGGGAUUACUUAGAAAGCAGUACCUGCCAGUUCACCAGUGAGCAGCAUGACAUCUCCAUUGACCUGACUCCACUCAAGUUAAUGCCACUUUCUCUCACACCCUACCAUGCCGAAUCCACAACAAGUGAUGGUACCAUUGACUACAUCUAUUACCUGAAUGUGUGUGGACCAGUAAAGGGGGGCGGUUGCGAAGAUGAUACCGGCUUUAUUUCGUCAUGUCAAGUAAAAGCACAUGGGAACUCUAAGAUUGCUGGAAGAUAUCAAAACCAAACUCUCAGGUACUCUGAUGGUGACCUCACUCUGAUCUAUCCAGGAGGAAGUUUGUGUAGUUCAGGUUUUCAGCGGAUGACAAUAAUCAACUUCGAAUGCAACAAAACAGCAGUGAAUGAUGGCAAAGGAGUUCCAGUAUUUACUGGCGAGGUGGACUGCACUUACUUUUUUAACUGGGAUACAAAAUAUGCUUGUGUUAAAGAAAAGGAAGACCUUCUAUGUAGAGUCACUGAUCAGAAGAAACAUUAUGACCUUUCCCCUUUAACCAGAUAUUCAGAUUUAGGCAAUGCACACAACUGGGAGGCCCUGGAUAGCAGUGUGGUUGAGCGGACGCAGUUCUAUAUCAAUGUGUGUCACAGAGUACUUCAGGAUGGGGGAGCAAGCGGCUGCCCAGAAGAUGCAGCUGUCUGUGCCGUUGAUAAUACCGGGAAACAUACAAAUUUGGGCAAGUUUGUUUCGACUCCGGAAAAGGAUGGGAAUAAUAUUAAACUUGUUUACUCUGAUGGGGAAACAUGUGGAGGUGAAGCAAAAAUCCAGACUAUCAUCACACUGAUCUGCAAACCUGGCGAUCUGGAAAGUGCACCCAUUCUAAAGAGCUCAAGCAGUAACGGGUGUCUGUAUGAAUUUGAGUGGCACACUGCUGCUGCUUGUGUCCUGUCAAAGACCCAGGGAGACAACUGCAGGGUCUCAGACCCACAAGCUGGUUUUUCUUUUGACCUAUCCCUGCUGAAUAAACCUGGAGGAAACUACAAAGUUCACAGUGGCGACUAUGACUUCUACCUGAAUGUGUGUGGCGGCGUGUCGGACAGGUGUGAUAAUAAAUCUGGCGCUUGUCAGGAGGACAAAAGUAAUCAUUUUUGGAGUCUGGGCAAAUUCAAUUCCAAACUGUCUUACUACGAUGGCAUGAUCCAGCUGCAAUACAGUAAUGGAUCAGAGUACAACAACAUGCAGCGCUCCCGACGGGCCACUCUUAUCACCUUCCUGUGUGACAGGGAAGCUGGGGUGGGGCACCCUGAGUUUCAGGUGGAAGAUAAUUACACUUACAACUUCAAGUGGUACACAAGAUAUGCAUGCCCUGAGACACCACUGGAAUGUAUGGUGACAGAUGAGAAAACUAUGCAGCAAUAUGACUUAUCCAGUUUAUCCAAGUCUGAAGAUGACAGUGGGAACAACUGGGAAUCCAUGGACAUGUCACAUGCAGACAAUCUUAAGAAGUACUACAUUAAUGUGUGUCGACCUUUGAACCCUGUUUCCGGGUGUGAUCGGUAUGCAUCUGUCUGUCAGAUGAAAUACGAAGGGCAGUCGGAUAUGAGGCAUGAAACAGUAGAUAUCAGCAACUUGGGAAUUGCAAACAAGGGUCCUGUCAUUGAAGAAAAAGACCACCUUCUUCUUGAGUACACCAAUGGAUCUGCCUGUGUUGAUGCAGAAGGCAAGGUGACCUCUUACACUUCACGGAUCCACCUUGCCUGCUCCAAAGAGACCCUGUCUUCUGCUCCAAGGUUUAUUGAGAUUCAAAACUGUGUUGCCACCUUUCUGUGGGAAACUGAAGCUGCUUGCUCCAUCUCAACUACUGAAGACAAAAAUGAGACUUGCACUCUGAAGGAUCCUAAUACAGGGUUUGAGUUUAACUUGCAGCCCCUGGCUAAUCAAGGUGGUUAUUCUGUGACGGGAAAUGGGAAGACUUUCAAGGUUAACAUUUGUGGUUCUGUAAGUGAGUGUGGUAUCAUUGACAACCAGCCAGCAGCUGGGUGUGAGCUGGAGGGACUGAAGGCAGUGGAACCAAUUGUUGGUUUGGAGAGAUCUCUAAAGUUGUCAUCCGAUGGACUGAUGACGCUGACCUACAAAGGAGCCCUCGCUACAGAAUCGGGAACUCGUAGCAGCUUCACUGUUCAGUUUGUGUGUAACCGAGACUUGCACCCUGGGGAGCUUACCCUGCUACGAGAGGAGAUGAGCUCAUCUUCUCACGUCACACACGACGUCUUUUUUGAGUUUCACACAGCCUUUGCCUGCGUGCCUGCCCCUGUGGACUGUGAGGUUACCGAUUCUGCCGGCAAUGAAUAUGACCUGAGUGACCUCAGCAAGGAUGCUGAUCCCUGGGUGGCAGUUGACACUACAGGGGAAGCAAAAAGCAGAACAUUUUAUCUGAAUGUGUGUAAGCCUCUACCUUCGGUCAAGGGAUGUCCUGGUGGUUCUCUGGGAUCCUGUGCCAAAUACUCGGACCACAGCCUGAACUUGGGCUACAUUCAGUCCAGCCCGCAAGCAGCCACUGAUGGUUCCCUCAGCAUUGUCUAUCUUGGUGGCGACAAUUGUGACAACGGACGCUACUCUACCCGCAUUAUCUUUCAAUGUGACGAUAGCCCGGGCUCUCCAGUAUUUGAGCGUACGGAUGGCUGCGAGUUUGUGUUCAUAUGGAGGACCUCAGAGGCCUGUCCUGUUCGCAGAUCCCAGGGUGAAAAGUGCCAAGUAAAGGAUCCUAGGAACGGUUACGUGUUUGAUUUGAAGCCACUGUCUGGGCAGGAUUAUGAAGUGAAUGAAGGAGAGUACAAGUAUCACAUCAGUGUGUGUUCCCCUCUAAAGGCUGAAGUUUGUGCUGGCAAAACCCCAGAAGGUGUCGACCCAGUUUCAUCAUGUCAGGUUAAACCUGGCAGUGGUGGCUUCCAAAAAGUAGCAGGACGAUAUACACAGAACCUUACAUAUGAAGAUGGAUUGAUAAUGAUCAACUAUACCAGAGGACAGAAGUGCCACAAUAUUUACGAACGGUCUACUGCCAUAAUGUUCUAUUGUGACCACAGCAGAACCCCGGGAAAACCAGUGUAUCUUAGGGAGACCUUAGACUGCAGCUACCUGUUUGAAUGGCACACCUCAUAUGCCUGUCCUCCCUUUAAAACAACAGGCUGCUCAUCCAAAGAUAGCGAUGGAAAUUCUUACGACCUUUCACCUUUGUCGCUGCCCCGAGCAAACUGGAUGGUUACCCCAAUGACAGGAAACACAGAGCAACGCUAUUAUAUUAAUGUCUGCAAGUCACUAGUCCAGCAAAACGGUUUGUGGGAUUGUCCAUCCAAUGCGGCUUCCUGUUUAAAGAAUGGUGAUAAGUACACCAAUCUGGGUGAGACAGAAACAGGCCCACAGUGGGAGAAUGGAGUUCUAGUCCUGAAAUACAUCAAUGGAGAUCUGUGUCCAGAUGGACAUCGCAAUAAAACAACCAUAAUACGCUUCAAAUGUGAUGAAGACAAAGUGGAUUCAAAGCCGACAUUGAUCACUGCAAUUGAAGACUGUGUCUAUUCACUCAUGUGGUUCACUGCUGCUGCCUGCCCUCUAAAGAAAAAUGUGCACGGAGACUGUAAAGUAACCAACCCUGUUACUGGACAUCUUUUUGAUCUAAAUAGACUGAUUAAAGACGGUGGCUACGCUAUUCAAGGAACAAAAAAUAAACUUACUCGUCUAAAUGUCUGUGGUGCAAUUGGGGAUGCAGGCUGUGGUGGGGAAUCUGGAGUGUGCAUUAGUGACGGUCAGAAUACUGUAAACGCAGGGAAGUUUACCAAGCAGUUAUCCUACGCGGAUCAAGUUGUACAGCUUGUUUACGACGAGGGAGACGUGUGCCUGGGAAACCCUCAUUACAAACAUAAGAGCAUCAUCAGUUUUGUAUGUAACUCUGAAGCACAGCCGAACAAUGGACCUGUGCUGGUGUCAUCAGAUGAGAACACAUGCACUCAUUUCUUUUCCUGGCAUACCCUAUUAGCCUGUGAACACCAGGUGAAAUGUUCAGUUUGGAAUGGGUCCUCCAUUAUCGACCUGACCCCUUUGAUCCACAAAACAGGUUAUUAUAUUGCUACCGACGGCGAUCUGGGCAUAAACGAAUCUUCAGAUUUCUACAUUAACAUCUGUCAGCCCCUCAACCCCAUUCCAGGGGUUGCAUGCCCCCCUGGAGCAGCUGUCUGCAUGGAUCCUGUAGAGGGGCCUCCCAUAGAUAUUGGCCGUAUCGAUGGACCUCCACAGAUCAACCGAGCCAUUCAGGAAGUGUACAUUACAUUCAGCAGUAGCACUGUUUGCCCCAAAGACAAGGCAAAGAACUACACUUCCAUGAUUGUCUUCAGCUGUCAGAGAGGCACAGAGCUGGGGUCACCACAGAUGAUUAGGAGCUCCGAGUGCAGCUAUGUGUUCCAGUGGGAUACGCCAGUGGUUUGCUCCGAUUCAGUCCGCACUGCAGGGUGCAGUUUGAGUGAUGAGCAACUGAAGUUCACCUUUAACUUGUCAUCACUAACAGGGGGCAAGUACCAGGUAUCUUCUGGCUCCAACUCCUACUAUAUCAAUGUGUGCUCAGCGGUGACUGAUAAGAAGUGUAAUGAUGGUGCCGUGUGUCUGGAGUCAGGCAGCACGGUUUCUUCUUUUGGAAAUGCAAAGGCGAUGUCCAUGGAUUAUAGACACGAGGAUGACGCCGUUAUAUUGCAGUAUGGCAGCGGAGAUGACUGUCCUCCAGUCACUGAAAAGGGAGAACUCUGUGUCUUCCCAUUCACAUUUCAAGGGAAUUCAUACAAUAGCUGCACAACCACUGGAAAGACAGAUGGGCGUUUGUGGUGUGGAACAACAGCUGCCAAUGACACUGAUCGUAAAUUGGGAAUUUGUAGCAAUGUAACAGGAAAGAGGAGAUCCACUAUCAUUUUCAAGUGUGACCAGACUGUGCGUAAUGGAAACCCACAGCUGCUGAGUGAAACCAUGGGAUGUGCCGCCACGUUUGAAUGGAAGACCAAUCUGGUCUGCCCGCCCAAGAAGAUGGAGUGCAAAGUGGUGUAUAAACAUAAGACCUAUGACCUGCGCAUUCUGUCAUCACUAACCGGAUCGUGGAAAUUUAGUCACAAUUCGGAUUCGUAUUACGUGAAUCUUUGCCAGGGAGUGCACGGCGAUCUUACAGACUGCCCUGAAAGUGCUUCUAUCUGCCGAAAGACAAAUGGUAGAACCCAAACUUUGGGGCUAGUCUAUACCCAGCAGAUAUAUGUUCAUGAUGAGAAGAUAUAUGUGAACUAUUCCAAAGGUUAUGAUGCGUGUGGGAAAGGUAUUCAGGCUAAAACUAUUGUACAGCUGGAAUGUGCAACUACAUUUGGAACACCCUCUCUUGUUAAGGUUGAUGAGGAGAAUUGCGAGUUCUGGCUGUUAUGGAAAACACGAGCAGCAUGUGCUGUGAAGCCACAGGAGGUCAGAAUGGUAAAUGGGACCAUCGCAAUCCCAGCGACGGGGGUAAACUUAAAUCUUGGGAAUAUCUUUUUCGGAUUAUACAAUGCGUCCGGUGAUAUCAGGCCAAAUGGAGACAAGUAUGUCUAUGAAAUCCAGCUCUCGGGAAUUACACGCUCUUCAAUCAAAGCAUGCAUCGGAGCCAAUAUCUGCCAAGUGAAAAUCAAUGGGGUUUACAACCGACAUAUUGGAUCUUCAAGUGAAGCCAAAUACUUUGUUAAAGAUGAUAAUCUGGAUGUGCUGAUUCCCUCUGACUCUCCUUGUGGUCGAGACAAAUCCAAGAAAGUAUCCUCUACCAUACUGUUCCACUGCAACCCAUCAGAUGGAGUGGGUAUCCCAAAAUUCCUCCACGAGACCGACGACUGCCAGUACCUCUUCAUUUGGCACACAGAGGCAGUUUGUGAUCUUCAAUUAGAUGGAAAUAAGUCCAGUGGUGGAGACGGUGAGCACAUGGGCUUGUCUGGCCGGAGUCAAGCAGUUGGAGCGGUACUGAGUGUGCUACUAGUGGUACUCACAGUCUGUCUGCUCACUUUACUGCUCUACAAACGAGAAAGGAGGGAAAUUGUGAUACAAAAAGUUACUGCCUGCUGCAGAAGAGGAGGGAAUGUCUCCUACAAAUACUCAAAGGUGAACACAGAUGAGGACGGAGGACAGGAUGAGACAGAAUGGCUGAUGGAGGAGAUAGCAGAGCCCAAUUCCAGGCCGUCCAAAGAGAAUCAGGAAAACGGACACAUCACCACCAAGGCGGUCAGCUCGGACGCCUUUAGUUCUUUCCACUUGGACGAGCAAGACAGCGAGGAUGAGGUGCUGUCAGUCCCUGACGUCCGGGUCCACUCCGGCCGUCCACAUCCACAGCAGUCACAAGCCUCCCAGCACAAGAAGGCCAUGACGAGGAGGCCCUUCGUGGAUGAGAGUGAUGAAGACUUGGUGGGACUCCUGGGGGAGGACAAGGAGCGGAAGGUCAGACCCAAGCGGAGAGAGAAUCCGCCACCACAGAGUAAGAAGAAGUCGGACCUGAUGAAUGCAACUUCCUUCCCCGAUGACAGCGAUGAAGACUUGCUGAAGGUUUGAUUCUGAUUCGAUGUGCCUGACUGCCAGCAAGGAGAUGGGACAUCUACCCACUGAGCGCCUGCCUGCCUGCCUGGGUCACCCAGUCUGCCCUGACGAAAUGUUUCUAUAACAUGCCAAUUUUGUUUUUGAUUAUUUUUUGCAUUUUAAUUUUUUUUUUUCUACUACCACAGUACUUUACGUUUUUUAGAGUAAAAACAAAAAGAUUUGAUUAUUUCAGUAAAUCCCUCUCGUCUGUCUGUAUUUUGCAAACAGAACGGACUCUUAACUGUGGUCGGUCUAUAUUAAUUUGUGCAAAGAAAGCCUGCUGUGUGUUCCGUUUUUGAAAUGCGAAAAAAAAAAAAAAGUGCUUGAAUUGCUGUAUUUAUUGAAGAUGAAGACUUUGCCAGAAGAUCACAGGAACGGUACUCUGAAGCAGGGGGAGUUGACACAUGCCAAUAUUUACCAAGGAAUCAGUUGUUCUGUCACCCCUUUUUCAUGUCUGCUAAUGUCAUGGCUGGUGCACAGCAAACACAGUGCCUGAGUUACUGAUUUUUCUUAUGAAUUAGCUUUUUUGAUUUAUAUGAAUGACUGAUCUAAUAUAUUACUUGUAUCAACAGAUAGAAUAAAUGUAGCUCCAUUAAUUCAACACAUAUCUACACUGGACUUAAAAGGGGCCCUUUUAUCGUUAGUUUGGCUUUUGCCACAGUUCCUGUCAUUCAAUUUGUUUAGCUUUUUUACCUUGUAGACCUAGCAUGCUUAUGUUAUUUUGAAGACAACAGAGGGGUGUAUAUGGUCUUUGGGGCAUCCUAUGCUUACAUGGUGUUACACUGCGUAUAUGGUUCUAAGUUGGUCAUGUAUUUUUAGAUUACCCUGGAAGAACCACCAUGUUUUUGGUUUAUUUAAAACUGAUGGUACUAGCUGAAGGCUGGUAGAAUCCUACAGUAGGUUUUUUUGAAACACCCAUUCAGCUACACUCAAGAAAAUAUUUUUUUUAUUGGAAAAUGUGCAGUGCUGGUGGUUUAGAUUUGUACCAGGUUGCAAAAAGGUUAAGACAUUUGAGGAAUAUAGUGUUUCGUACAUAAUAAGUAAAGUACCUGUGUAGGUACUUUAUUCAAUGUUCACUCUGUACUAUAAAAAAUGUCUCUACAGUAUUUGCUUUCACUCUGGCAUAUUCGCCAUGACUGAUAAUUAAUGCCAUACACCUGUACCAAUUGUUUGCUGGUAUCAGUAUCCAUAUUCCGGCUCCUUCCUGCAUCAGGUGAUCCCUGCUACAAUAUGUUUAUAAUCGAUCUUCCAAAGCAAGGCGGUUUGGGACGGUUCUGUAGGUACAGAUGAUGUGACUUUUCUGAAUACUUUUUCAGUUGUAUUUUUCUUUAGUCCUUUGGAAGGUAAUUGUUUUUUUUUUUAUUUUAUUAUUAUUAUUAUUAUUAUUAUUAUACAUGUAUUUGUAUGUUCUUUUUUUGUUUGCUAUUUAAAAAUCACUUUAUUGGGUGUAAGAUAAGGUGUUGCAUUAUUUCAAUAAAAAGAAUGUGGAAAUGCUGUUUUACUUUCAUUGUGGAAGAAAAGUUGUAAUUUAUAAUGAUAAAGUUGUCAAUUCAAAUAAAUCAAAAAAAGAUUUGAGAAAACCA